AUGCCCGGGACGUUGUCAAUGAUUUGCUUGAUUCUGGUGACUUUGUUUAUCCCCCCCCUCGGCGUCUUCUUCCUCUCCGGCUGCAGCGCCGACCUCGUCAUCAACAUCUGUCUGACUCUUCUCGGCUACCUCCCCGGCCACGUCCACGCCUUCUACCUCGAAUACGUAUUCUUCCGCAACCGCCGCUCGGGCGAGCCGCGUUACGCGCGGGGCGUGUACUCCGAUCGGAUCCAGCAUGGAGGGAGACAUCAGAGGUCAGACUAUGGGAGUAUUGCUUGA